GUCCCCUGGUCAUGGGAUCGCCGUUAUACCAAGAAAGAUGUUUAUGGCAAAGUUUGGCCUAGAUAAGUACAGCUCUACAUUAGUCAAGUGACUUACGCAGAAGUCUGAAUCCUAGACGACAAUGGCGAUAUCUUCAAUCCCUCCAUUUCUCCUUCUCCUCUGCCUCAUCCCCGCCAACGCCCUUCCGGCGAAAACCGUCGUAUCGGAGUUGACCCGUCUCCGGUCGGAGUCAUCCGCCGGCGUGAUCCACCUCACAGACCAACUCCUGAAACGCAUAAUCUCCGUCCCCACUCCCCGUCCUUUCUCUCUUCUCAUCUUCUUCGACUACAAUCGCAUCCACUCCGUCAAACCCGAAAUCACCUUGCCUGCUCUCAGAAACGACAUCUCCCUCCUCGCCUCUUCCUUCCUCGCAAACAACCCGGAUCCAAAAACCAACACCAACCUCUUUUUCUUCGACAUCGAAUACCAAGAAUCCGAGCUCUCUUUCAGGAAAUUCGGCGUCGAUUCACUGCCCCACAUCUGCAUUGUCCCCCCUUCGGCUAUGGACCUCCGGAAAGACCCCAUUGAAAUGGACUCUUCGGCGUUUUCCCGGCAGGCGGAGUCCAUGGCAGAGUUCGUGGAAGCCAAAACCAAGCUCCAAAUCCGCCCAAUUCAUCAUCGCCCAGUCACUGAUUCCAGGAAAAGAGUGAUCUUUGCGGCAGCUGUUAUAGUGAUAUGCAGUCUGAUGUUGAUGCCAAAGAUUUCUUUCAAGAAAAGCAUUUUGGUGGACAAGAAUCUGUGGAUGGGAGGGGCCAUAAUAGUCUACUUUCUCAGCGUGGGAGGGAUCAUGCACAACAUAAUCAGACAGGUGCCCAUGUUCCUAGGAGACAUGAACGAUCCUGAUGGAUUGGUUUUCUUCUACAAAGGGACUCAAACGCAACUGGGAGCAGAAGGUUACGCUGUCGGGUUCUUGUACACGAUUGUGGGAUUGUUGUUGGCCUUUUUGACCCAUGCACUGGUGCUGCUGAAGAACAGGAGUGAUCAGAGGUCGGCCAUGGCUGUCGUGCUCUUUGCUUCGGUCUGGGCUGUGAAGAAGGUGGUUUUCUUGGAUAAUUGGAAGACUGGCUACUCCAUUCAUUCUUACUUUCCACGUCGUUGAUCGCCAUUUUAGCAAUAAUGUUAGCUGCAGAAUGUUGGGCAUUUGUCUCAGACUCUCAAUUGGUGGUGUCAUUGGAACUGGGAAGUGGAAAUGAAAUGUUUGGUUUUGGAUUCAAGCACUAAUAUGAUGAUGAUUGAAGAAUUUAUAUGAUCAUAGUUCUGAGCUCAGAAUGCAUGCAGGCUGCAGCAUUGUCUCAUCAAGAACCUAUAUAUGUUGAUGUGGUCAUUGUUCAAGAAGAAUGAUAUAUCAUUGUUUGUGAUUAUAUUAUAUAUAAUAAUAAUUAUGAAAAACUUUAUCAUUCAUUGUACAUUGUAAUUAUACUUUAUGCCAAUAAUGUUUACCCCAAUACAUGUUCGGGACAUUUG